CCCAUCUACAGCUUCAUUUCUCUCCCGGCGCCAGAGAGACACCAUGGCUUUCCUCAUUCUCGUUAUAGGGGAUCUUCACAUCCCUGACAGGGCGCUUGACAUUCCCGCCAAGUUCAAGAAGCUCCUCGCCCCCGGCAAGAUCGGCCAGACGCUCUGCCUCGGAAACCUGACCGACAAGCACACGUACGAGUACUUGCGAUCGAUCUCUCCGGACCUCAAGAUCGUCAAGGGCCGCUAUGACGUCGAGGCCACCUCCCUCCCCCUGACCCAAGUCGUCACCCACGGCAGCCUCCGGAUUGGAUUCCUCGAGGGCUUCACUCUCGUCUCCAACGAGCCCGAUCUGCUCCUGGCUGAGGCGAACAAGCUGGAUGUGGAUGUUCUGUGCUGGGGUGGCACUCACCGCUUCGAUGCUUUCGAGUACAUGGACAAGUUCUUUGUGAACCCGGGAAGCGCAACUGGCGCAUUCCCUGGAAGCUGGGGCAAGGACGGCGAGGAGCCGACACCAAGCUUCUGCUUGAUGGAUGUCCAGGGAAUCUCCCUCACUCUCUACGUUUACCAAUUACGGAAGGAUGAUAAGGGUAAUGAGAAUGUAGCGGUGGAGAAGGUGACAUACACAAAGCCGGUUGAGCCAUCAGGAGGAUCAUCAUGAGAUGAGCACGGGAGCAAUAGGGGGCUACCACUCAAAGACAUUCAGCGAUGCAUUAAAGACCAAAGAAUCUAUACCCAUCACAGCUUCAAGGAGCACGUUAUAAAUACUACUCCAAAAGAGACAAGGGACGCUCAUACUCGAUAUGCAUGGUCCAGCUUAGACGGACCGUC